UAAGCUUUCAUGCAUAUAAAACCUUGGCCUCCUUCACAUUUUUUUUCUCAUUGCAAUUUGCUGGUUUUUCCUCUUCUAUACAAUGGCUUCCCAUCUUUGGUAUCCUCUUUUACUGGUUGCAAUUUUUCUUCUGAUGCAAACUAGUGACUGUUUUAUUCAUUCCCGGGCAGCUUUCUAUCCUAAUUCUGAUGAGAAUGGAACAGAUAUUGGUGCAUGUGGGUUUGGUUCCUUUGGAGCAACAAUUAAUGGAGGAGAUGUAUCAGCAGCAUCUGACCUAUACCGAGGGGGGGUAGGAUGUGGUGCUUGCUAUCAGGUAAGGUGCACCGACACUGCCCACUGCUCAAGCAAAGGAGUUACUGUGGUUAUAACAGACCAAGGCUCGAGUCAUGGAACAGACUUCGUUCUGAGCCAACGAGCCUUCAGUAAAAUGGCUCAAACUGCUGAUGCUGCUGCCUCUUUAUUAUCUAUUGGUGUUGUUGACAUCGAAUACAGACGAGUUUCUUGCAGCUAUCCAAACAAGAAUAUUACAAUCAAGGUAGAUGAGAACAGCAACUUUCCUCAUUAUAUGGGUUUUGUUAUAUGGUAUCAACAGGGAAUAAAAGAUAUCACUGCUGUGCAGCUCUGUGAGACUCAAAAUUUUGUCUGCAAGCUAUUGGAUCGGAGUUAUGGCGCUGUAUGGACAACUACCACACCUCCAAGUGGACCUUUGCAAGUAAGGAUGUUAUUCAGUGAUGAUGAUGGAGAUGAAACAUGGCUAGUCCCUGUGAAUAACAUACCAGAAGACUGGAAAGCUGGAGAAACAUAUGAUACAGGAGUUCAAGUCAACAUAUAGAUAUUUAGCUAUAUUCAUUAGAUUUUGAUAUAAUCUUUGUCUUAAUUAGUUUACAGGAUAAAAUAUGCUUCUGUUAUUCUUUAUUGGUACCUUUUUUUUUGUUCCUUUUAAUGUUCUGGUUCACUUUUUUAUUUUUUAUUUUCUUUGCCAAAAGGAUAUGCUAAAAAUAAAUAGGGGGAAUAAAAAAGGUCCUGAUAUAAUCUUAUUACUAAAUAACAUGUCAAGUUUCCUAUGGUAAAAAUUGAAUACCUUUCAAUGAGAAGCUGCCAUUUAGUU